AUGUACGAAGUUGGCCAUCUUUGUCUGGAGAUAUGGAAAGAAACGUUGGUUAUGCCUAUUCGGAAACGCCUUGUCGAUUUGAUACUACAGGCUGUUUCCGAUGACAGAAAAGAUGUCGCGAUCAACGACAAAAAAAUUAUUGCCGGUGUCAUUAGGUCAAUUUUGCAAGUUAGUAAUGGUGAUUUUGGGCUACAGCCCUAUGUGAAAUAUGCGACGUAUGAGACGACAUUCUAUCAGCAAAUCUUUGAGCAACAGUUGGUUGCUAGAUUUAACAAGGAAACAUUACUCGGAUGUUGCUCAAAAAGCCUACUAUCUUCAUUUUCACCAUCUCUUUACAUGGAAAAGAUAAUUGAGAUUUUGGCACAAGAAGAAGAACGAAGCGAUACUUACUUCAAUCAAGUAUCUGUGAAGAAGGUGAUCGGAAUUUGUCGAGACGUUCUUAUCAAUGAACACAAAAAUUGGCUUGAAGUUGCAUGCCCAGAGAUGAUUGCAGCAGAGAAUACAAAAGAUCUUCGCAACAUGUAUCUACUUUUGAAACCGAUUCCAUCUGGAACCCAAGUGAUGACACGAGAGUUUGAAUCGCACGUAAAAAGCAAAGGGUUCGCCUCAAUAUCCAAUUUGAAUGGGGAUAAUAUUCCGGCAUUGUUUGUUGAAAACUCGAUUCAAGUUUACCAAAAGUACAGCAAGAUGAAAAGCGAGGUCUUUGAGGACGACGUUGAUUUCACACAUGCUUUUGAUAAGGCCCUGCAAUCAGUUAUCAACUCGAAAGAUUCAACAAAAACUCCAAAGGCGCCUGAGAGAUUGGCUCGAUUUACUGACAGUCUGUUGAGGAAAAGCACAAAAGCGUUAAGUGAUCGCGACUUGGAAAAAAAAUUGGACGAGGCGACCAUAAUUUUCCGUUAUUUGGAGGACAAGGAUAUGUUUCAAAAGUAUUUCUCAAAGAUGCUUGCAAAUCGUCUCAUUAUGACCACGUCCUCAUCAAUGGAUUCUGAAGAGAUGAUGAUCACAAAGCUGAAGCAAGCUUGUGGCUAUGAGUUCACAUCCAAACUUUCAAGGAUGUUCACAGAUAUUGGAUUGAGCAAAGAACUGUCGACUAAAUACGAAGAGUACAUGAAGAAGAAUAAUCUGCCCAACCUGCCGGUCCCUAUGACCCCUUUAAUUCUUGGUGCUGCCGCUUGGCCGUUGUCGAUGCCACAAUCAACAAGCCAAGAGAAAAACACAAAUGAAACAAAGUUCAUUUUGCCUCGCGAUCUUCAACCUUGUAUCGACGGAUUUGAAAAAUUCUACGGCGAUACUCACAAUGGAAGAAAGUUGAGCUGGUUGUUCCAUUUGUCAAAUGCUGAAGUGAGACUGAGCUACUUGGACAAGCCUUAUGUGAUUAAUCUGUCGACACAUCAGCUGGCCAUACUGCUGAAUUUGCAACACAAGGAUUCGAUCACUUUGGACUUGAUUGCAACCGACACUGGAUUAAAAAACAAUUUGGACUUUUACACGCUUUACGAUGAUGAUGCCAAAUUGAUUGCCAAGGGAGAUCUUCAUGAGCGAUGUUGGUGUGAGAAACCUCAAUCUUGGCGAUCGGACAAAUUGAUUCUUUUAUACGAGGUGCGUGAAGGAGUGGAAGAAAAAAGUUUCGGCUUACAAGUUGCGAAAAUGGUUGGCUUCCCUGAGCACCUUCUUUUGGAUGCUAAAAACGUUUUGGAGCAACUGGAGGCAGGGAAUUCAGUCGACGAGGAGUUGAAAAGACGGCUCAAAUCGGCAACGUCUCUAGAAGAAAGCAAAAAGGUUUUAUCGGUU